CCUUUAGAACAGUCAUAAUAAUAUGUGUGUGAUGAUGUUUAGUAAAAUGAGACUUAGACUGAUUGAGAGUGAGAGGGAAAUUGCAGAAAAAUUUGAUUGACCAUUAUUGAAUCCUCUCGUAGAUUCUCAAGCGCCCCCAAAUUUUAGGGCUUUCUUUCUUAUUGGUUUGUUUUCCUUGUCAUCAAUAUUCAAGCUCGAGUUGCAACAACUGAUGUGAUGAUAAGCUUUGUAUAACUAGAAGCCAAAUGUCUUCUACUUUGCUUAAUCAAUUGGAGGUAAUUAAGGGAUUUGUGGCUAUCUGAAGGAAAGCAACAGUAUGCGGUCGAAGUCUAAGAAUACAGAUCGACUAGGACUUGAUUCUCAUGCCAUUCCGCCAUCCAGUGUUUGUGGCGAGCCAUGGUGGCGUAAUGUUAGCUAUAUGCCUGCCCCUAUGCCCGUGACUAGGGGUAAUGCAUCCAAUUCUUCUUCCGUAGAAUGCCCAAAUGGUGCUUCAGAAUCCAACGAGGACCAGUCUUUGUCAAAUGAAGGACCGUACGAGGAAGAUGACGACGCCACUAAAGAUUCACAUGUUAGUGCAUCUCCACAGUCAGGCAACUGUGGGCAAGAAUACCAAAUUAUGCAGCAUGUUUCAUCUACUACACCACCAGUCCAUGGUGGGUGCCUCACACAGCCUACACAACUUGAACUUGUUGGUCACUCCAUUCAGUCAUGUGCAUCAAAUCCAUAUCAAGAUGUAUAUUUUGGAGGAAUGAUGGCAGCUUAUGGGCAUCAGCCAAUGGGUUAUCCUCCUUUUUAUGGAAUGCCGCAAGCUCGAAUGCCGUUGCCACUUGAGAUGGCUCAAGAGCCUGUGUAUGUAAAUGCCAAACAGUACCAAGGGAUCCUGAGGCGAAGACAGGCUCGUGCCAAAGCAGAGCUAGAAAAGAAGCUGAUAAAAAGUAGAAAGCCAUAUCUUCACGAAUCUCGGCACCAGCAUGCUAUGAGAAGGGCAAGGGGUAGCGGAGGCCGUUUUGCAAAGAAAACUAAUGAUGAAAACUCUUCAAGCUGCACUGAAAAGGAAAGAGGUUCGGGUUUGGGUCAAGCCCACUCAUCACUCUCUGCAUGUUCAUCAGGAUCAGAACCACUGGUUUCAGACUCUAAUGAAACCUGGAAUUCCUCCAAUGCUCAGCAAGAAGCAUACACAGGACACAAUUACAUUAACACCAAUGGCUGCUUCCAGAACCAUGGUGGCAUGCAGGAUACCAAGUAUCAGUUGUGCCCAAGUGAGAGAGCAGAGGAAGGGGACUGUUCGGGCCAGCAGCGGGGAAGCCUAUCAAGCAAUCAGGCUUCGCAUCGGCGUCUUGCCAUACAGUGAGCUCCUUUGGAAUAUGGGGGUUGGGUGUUUUAGAUGGAGGAUUAUUCUUUAGUCACAUCCCCCAGUUAUCUGUCGAAAACACUUGGCAAUUUAUUCGCCAGGCGGCAAAUCAUUCUUGGCUUAGUGGUGCUUUGUAGCAUGGAUGAGAGGGAGGGAUGCAGUGUUGAGUUUUGAGCUAAGUUUGCCUGAGCCUCCAUUACCUUCUCCUCGUUUAUGUCUUCUGUACAGAGAGUUUCAACUCAACUCAACUCAACUACUCGAGUAGAAAGUGGACAGUCUUUUGGGAAAACGUUUAAACAAACAUUCAUUAACUUUGUUGUAAUGUACAAACCUACUUUGAUGGAGGGUUUGAUCUCUUGCUUUCUUGAUAUUAUUCUUACCCUUUGUGCUUCUUAUUAGGAUUUUUCUUUUGAAUGAAAACAAAACCGAUAAGGAGACAUUCAAUGUUUCAAGUAUCCUACGCUUUUAAUAAUGUUAAACUCGGAAGGUGGCCGUUAACUAAUUAAAGUUGACAGCAGUUUAAUAUAAAUUAUUGGUUGCCUUUUUUCUA